AUGUUCUCCUUCAGCACCAUCGCCAUCUUCGCCACCUUCGCCUUAAGCGCGGUCACCUCCGCCAUCCCCCACCCGGGUCAGGCUGGUGAGCUCAACGCGGUCCCCGUCGCCGCUGCCGUCGCCCCUCGUGCCACGCAAGACAGCCUUGCGUCGAUCUUUGCGGACGCCCAGAGCCAGCUCCUUCCCUUCACUAACCAGCUCAAGUUCGCCACCACGCAGAACGCGACCGUUGAGGGCCUCACCCCCUCCGUCAACGGCAUCAAGAACGUCCUGACCACCUCGACCACUCGCGUCCACGGACUUGCCGGCCUCCCCGUCAAGGUCAUCCUCGCCUCGCUCGACGGCACCCUGGUACUCACUGCCGUCGAGGUCGCCCAUCUCCUUGCCGCCGUCAGCAUCCUCGUCUUCGAGGCCGUCGGCGCCGUCAUCACGCUCCUUCACGGCGGCAUCGCCCCCGCUGUCUUCCUGCUCCUCGUUGGCGUCGGCGAGCUCGUCGGGACCCUCCUGAAGGCCGUCACCGUCAUUGUCGGAGCCGUCCUCGUCGACCUCACCGUCAUCCUGGUGCCCCUCCUUGCUGGGGUCGUCGGCAUUAUCCGCACCCUCGGUCUCACUGUUCUCCUCGCCCUCCUCGGUCUCUAA